AUGAAUGAAGUAGUAUCAUUAGGACUUGCUAGAAUUAAAAAAAGUGCAGUUGAAUUAAUUGACGAAGAAAUUGUUGGAAGAGAAGAACAAAAAAGAGGAAUCGAAAGUAAUAUUGAAGUGUUUAUUCAAAAUCCAUGCACUAGAAUACUUUUUAUUAAUGGUACACCAGGAACAGGAAAAACAAUGAUGGUUCAAUAUUUACUUAAAAAACACCAAAAUGAAAUUAUAACAUUUUUUUUUAAUGCGAUUAAAGAAAAGAGUAUUAAUAAUAUAUGUCGUAAAGUUGGAGGAUUAAAGAAAAGUAGUUCAGAAGAAAAAGUUAUGGAAAGAUUAUUAAAAAAAUUAGAUAAAAUAAAAAAUGGGAUUAUUGUAAUUGAUGAAUAUGAUGUCUUAAUGAAUGAUGAAGGACCAUUAUAUAGAUUUUUUGAUUGGAUUUUUAAUAAAUCACCGCUAAUGAUGUUAAUAUUAAUUUCAAAUAAUAGUCAAUAUUCUCAAAUUCUUCAUUCUAGAGUAGCAUCAAGAAAUGUUACAUUUAAUUAUAAUUUUUAUCAAUAUACAACAGAAGAAAUUAAAAGUAUUUUAAUAAAAAGAAUUGGUGAAGAAGUAAUAUAUAAAAUCUUUAAUAAAAAAGAUUUUGAUUAUUUUAUUAAUGAAAGAAUUGAAAUGUCAUUACAAAAUGGUGAUGUUAGAAAAGCACUUGGAAUGAUGUUUAAUAUUUUACUUAAUACAAAAGAACGAAUUGAAAAGGGAGAAGAUAUUAAAUUAAGUCAUCAAAAAGUAAAAGAAUUAAUUAGUUCAAAUUCAUCAUAUCCAACAUUAAAUACAUGUAGUCAAAUGGAAUUAAUUGUAUUAUAUUGUAUAAUGAAAUGUAAAGAAGAAGAAUAUGGGUAUGAAAGUAUUAUGAAAUAUCUUGAUGGAAUUAGAUAUAAAAAAAGAGAUUUAAUAAAUUGGAAUGAAUUUAUUGUUAGAUCAUGUAUUUCUAGACUUGAAAAAAAAGAAUUAAUUUCUAUUAGUGUUAAUGAAGGAAAAACAAAUAUUAAAUGUAAUGAAAUUGAUAAAGAUAUGGUUUUAACAAUGAUGAAUUCCAUGAAUAAUAUAACAUCAUUAUUCACAUAA